AUGCCAGUUGGUCAUAAAACUCCAACCGAUCCGCAGCACUCCUCACUCUAGCUCUCUCACAAUUUCACAUCUUUCUCAAGCAACUUUGCCAAAUAUUACACAACCACCACUACCACUGGUCUCACUACAAUCUUUUUCUCUUCUGGACUACUGGAACCUUUAAAGUGGAGUACUUUUACAUACAAUCACGCUAUAUUUGGCAGGAAGUGAAUCUCAAACCGGACCACAAGCUGACAUCCCUUCUCCCGACUUAGUUAGCUGCUAAAUCCACCCAUAUCUCAUUUCUUGAGAAAACAUUCACUCACUCGUUUGCUCUCUAUAAUUCAUGGAAUUGUGCAGGUCAUCCCACGAGUCGAGAUGAAUUGGCCCACUUUCCAACAUUCCGUCAAGCUCAUUACGACUUGAGCGAGCGUUUAAAUUUUGUAGUAUUAUACGUUGAGAAACCGAUAUAAUUUGACAUUUUGUUACUCUUCAUUGACAACAUUUUCAAGUUUGAGACAUUAACAAAACAGGAUAAAGGGAAAGUUUCCAAGAAAGAGUACAUUUUUGGCAAAAGGGGGCACUUUGAGAUCACGCAACAGCUUUCUCCACUCUUCCUCUUCUCCAUCCGCUACACCAUUAUAUUGCAGAAGAAGCCGGAGGAUGCCUAAAAGAAAUGGGACGGAGACGGCACCAGACGGCGAGAUCAGCUUCGAAGAGUCCCAACAGUGGCAACUAAACGUCCUCAGUCAAAAGGAGGAAGAAUGCCGGCUUCUGCAGGAGUUGGAUAAAAUCCACGGUGGUCCAAGUCGCACUGAUCUCAAUGGUGAACUACGUUGUCCCAGAGCGUGGGAUUCGCUGUAUUGCUGGGAAGCAGCAAAUGCUGGGGAAAUUGUCAGCGCACCUUGUCCUGAAUAUGUUUUCAUGUUCAAUCGGUCGGAGGAAGUCUCCAGGUACUGCACCGAAAAUGGUACAUGGUUCGUUCACCCAGGCACCAACAAGCCCUGGUCGAACUACUCAAUGUGUCUGGGUGGGAAAGUUGUCAACUCUGAUGGAGAAGCAAUGCAAGACUCUCUGAUCAUGGAAUGGCUCCCGAUAAUCAAGACGAUCUCACAAGUUGGCUACUCCUUGUCCAUGUGCACACUCAUCAUUGCAUUUCUAAUUUUGAUCUCAAUCAAGAAGCUGCGCUGUCCUCGGAACACACUGCAUGUGAACCUUUUUCUUUCGUUCAUGCUUCGGGCAUUUAUGGCGCUUUUGAAGGACUCUUUGUUCAUCGACGGAAUCGGAUUGCCACAGUCCAUUGUGGACGGUACCAUCUUUUCUGCAGAAAAAUCAAAUUGGGAAUGCAAAUUGGUGACUACCCUCUGGCAGUAUUUUAUCGUCGCCAACUAUUCAUGGAUUUUGAUGGAAGGUCUUUACCUUCACAAUCUGAUCUUUCUGGCUCCUUUCUCCGACUCAUCAGCCAUCACUCUCUACGUUCUGCUUGGAUGGGGACUACCAAUUCCUGUGAUAAUCUCAUGGGUCGUGUGUCGAAUCAACUUUGAUGACUCUCUCUGCUGGACUACACAUCAUAACAAUGCCAAUCUUUUUCUCAUCGUCAGAAUUCCAAUCAUCGUGACAAUUGUGUUGAACUUUCUCUUCUUCGUCAAUAUCACGCGAGUUCUUCUGGUAAAGUUACAAUCUGCAGUAUCAAUCGAGACAAGAAAAUACAGGUACAGAAAAUGGGCAAAAUCUACCCUGGUUCUUGUUCCUCUAUUCGGCGUCCAUUACAUGCUGUUUGUGGGAAUGUCAUACUAUUGGGGUAUAAAUCCCCUGAUUGAGGUUAUCUGGCUGUUCUGCGACCAAUUAUUUGCAAGUUUCCAGGGUUUCUGCGUGGCAAUUCUGUACUGUCUGCUGAACGGAGAGGUGCGAAGUGAAAUCACAAAGAAAUGGCGAGGAUGGAGGUCUGAGUCGGAGUCGAAGAAUGUCUGGGUUCCAUUGCACCAUAUCACAUCACGAUUUAACCACCACCGGUCAACUCAAGAGAUGGGAAUGAGUGGCACAUCGAUGGCUGGCGUUUUGAGCAACUGUACCGCAGCCGUUAAGCAACCACUCACCGCCGCUGAUAACACCAACCCGAGACGAUUGGAUAGAGAAUUCACCGAAGAACAUCAAAUAGAAAUUACUCAAGGAGAUUAAGUUGUGCUAAUGUUGCAGCAGUGACGUCCUAUGUACUUCCACUCGUCAUUCGGCUAUUUCAUGACCUGAUCAUGCAGUCUCAGAUGUCUUUAGGCUAUUUACGUGGUAGGAGAACGGACAGAGAAGUAUAAAUUACUAGAAAACCGUGGGGAAUAAUUGUUCUCAAAUGCUACCCGUAUCAAGAUGUUAAUAAUAUUCAAAAGUGACGGGAGAAAGUCGUGGUGCUGAUAUAUUGCGCUGAAUAUUUUGAAUAUAUGCUGCUGAAUAUUUUUAAUUAACUACCCUCCUAAAAUGAUGGAGUUUGUCGCUAAAUUGUGGAAAUGAAUCCCCAAUGAUAUUUACCCCCUCAAUAUCAGAGGAAUCCCCUUAACCAAUAUAUGAAUAUUUUAUUCAUAUGGCUCAUCAUGCAGAUUAUAUGGAUAAAAAAUUGUCGUCCCUCACAAUGAGAAUUUCUAUGAUUAUUAUGUAAUAUUGUAUUACACGUACCAUAUUAACGACCUUGCACGUAUGUUUGUACAUAUAGAUCUGCUUUCUUUAAUUAUCGUGAGCAUUUAUUUACAUCUCAAAGGGAACCUUUAAAAGUCCCAUUAUGUCACUCGACCUGUGUAAAGUGUAAUGUUUCCACAAGUUAGUUUAUCGAUGGUCUCAAUUCAUAAAUAUGGAUGUAUAUUAUAGUGAAAGUAACAAUUUAUGGUGAUAAAAUGCCAAGUAUUAAUCUAAGCUACAUAUUGCAUUAAUUUUCACUUUCUCAAUAUAUCAUAAAAGUCAUGCAUCUUUAAAAUUGCAAAAAAUACAUAUAUAUGUACAUAUACACAGAUGUUAUACAAGAAUAAGUCAAAUGUAUCUAUUUAUUUUGUUUAAAUCAUAAAUGCUAACGACGGAAUUGCAUUAUAUUAAUGUGUCUCAAAAAUACAAAAUUUCAACUGGUUUUAAAAGCACUUGUUAAACCUUAGAGUUAGUAUAUAAUGCAUGCAAAUUAUACUAUGCAUAAAUAUAUGCUAAUCUGGCAAACAUAAAUAUAUGCAUACAUGGUGUAAAAUUUUAAGACUUUGUCCUAUUUUGAAAAUAAAACCCUUAUAGCAACUA